GAAAUGAUAAUGCAAACAUUUGUCGACAUGGCCUAUGAUUUGCUCAGGUUAAUUUUUUUCGUUAAUUAAUCUACUAUAAAAUCGCAAUGGUGCAUGGUUCUAACACCAUUCGUGAUAUCACAAUCCAAAGAUCUCAACAUGAAGGUACUGGCAGCCCUCGUCUUUGCGAUUGGUUCAGCGGUAGCAAUAGGAUCAGGGCCCUACCUUCCCAGUGGCUGGAGACCUCAAGGACCUGCUUUUAGUCUCCCCUCGGAUAUUCAGAAACCGGCUCCAAUCGAUAUCGUACUACAGGAAUCAGAAGGCUCUAGCUCAGAUUUCCUCCGUGAAUAUGGUCCUCCGAUAGUGCAAACGAUUUCUCAGACCCUCCCUGAUGUUUCUACUGAACAGCCCUUCGUUGUUAUUGAAGCUAAAUUCGGAGAAGACGACACUAUUACUGUUGGAGCUACUACUGAAAUUAUUGCUGAAUUAGAAUCUGAAGUGAUCGAAGAUACACCAGCUGCCACCGAAUCCGUUAAUGUUGAUGCUGAAGAACAAAGUGGUGAAGUUAAUCAAGUUAAUAUUGAAAGCAAAUCUGAUAUCGAAUCUUCUGUAGCAGAAGAAAGUCCAGUCUCCGUAGAAAGUGAAGAAAUCGUUGCUGUAAAUACUGAUGACUCAUCUGUAAAUGCUAGAAUUGAGGUUGAAGUUGAAGAAAACGAGAAAAUCAUUGAACAAGGUGUCAAGAAUAUAGCCGAAGCUAUUGUAAGUUUAGAAAAGGAGGUAGUUGAAAAGGUACCUGAAGGAUUCUUGGAGUAUGGACCUCCAGGCUUUAGGGAGUAUGGACCCCCUAAUCAAAACGCUCUCCUAAGAUCCGGCGAAGAGGAGAAAACGGAAGCUGAAAAAAUCGACAGCAACGAAACAAGAAGACGUAGAUUCUCUCCUAAAUUCAGGUAUAAACUCUUAGAUAUACGCGUUGCUUUUCAAUAAGUUGUAAGGAAAGGGUAUUUCACGCGAUUAGGCAACAAGUGGAUAAUAGAGAUAAGAAAACAAUUUUUUAAUUUGAAUUUAAACUAAUUUGCUUUGGCAAUUCGCAAUAUUAGGCGUUUUCUAGUUAAGUUAUG